UACCUAAUUAUAAAUUUAUUGAAAACAGUUGUACUCAGAAUAUUCUACAAAACUGUUUAUUGCACGCGAUAUAUAUAUAUUUCGUUCAUUCUAUGAUUACUUUAUUUGAUCAUUGUCUACUUCAUGAUUCGGACUAACAUACAAACAUGCACAAAAUGACUUGACGUUUGGUUUUUGAGGGAUCUGAUACUUUUAUCUUUUUUCAUUCUGUAGUUAAACUUGUACUUUUCCAUAUUUUACUUCUCCGGACAUGCUGUAUUUUGUCGUACUUAUCGUCAUAUUGUGCUCUAUCAUGCAUUAAGAUGAUACAUAAUUAGCAAGUAGAAUAUUAGGUGUGUGAAUCAUUAUUCGAUUGUAUGUGUUUUCAUAUUUGUUAUGUAGCUAUAGAGUGAGUUCAGUGUCAAUGGUCAAAACCGGUAGAGAUAGUAAAGGUCUUAUCAUCACUGUUAUUCUCUGAAUUCUGAACACAUUUUCUCCGAUUUCAUUCAGUCCUUUAAUUUUGCUCGCCACUACUUGAAGUCACAUGUUUGGUAAUAUACUUGAGAAUUUCAUUCAUAGAAAUUUGUACGGUAAUUAUUUCUGACCUUCGUUGAACCGACAUUAAGUUUAUCAAUGAAUUCAUUGUGUAAUAUAUAUCGAUUGAUAUUACUUAAUCUAUUUACAGUAACCAAAAAUUACAUUCAUAAUAUUUUGAUAAGUUCAUAUAGACAUAAAACAAAUUUGAACUUUUCAGUUUAUUUCUUAUCUUUCUGUUUAACAUCAUGUUUAAUCCAAUAAUAUUAUUUUUAUUGUUAAUGCUUGUUUAUUUACAUUAAAACAGUAUAGUUGUGCAAUUAGUUUAUCCUGCCGUUAAUGUGUUUUGAUGUUGUUUACUCUCCAUUUGUUUUUUUUUCUCAGUGUUUACAAGUGCGUGAUAUUUCUGUGUCCUCUGUAUCCGUCAUAUUAAAACAAAUUAAUUGUGCUUCAGUUUUAGGUAAGUUCUUAUGUCACGUUUUCCAUAGAAACCUUUUUAUCGAAUUAUAUGAGUGUUCAUAUCCCUAAUUUAAUUCUAUUAUUACUUUUCACUUUUCUGGAUGUCUGUAGAUGAAUACCGAUUCUUGGCUGGGACGGAUGAAGGACUCUAUAUUGUUGAUAUUAGGCACAAUAGUAAGUUAUUUUUUGUUUAACAAAAAAAGCACUUAAGUAUUGUACCACAUUAAUUUCUCAGUCUUAGGGUCGCACCAUCACCUUAGCGACAGUAGUGUUAAAUCUCAGUGAAAAUGGUAAUUCAAUUAAUGAAACUGUAAACUUGCAUCGAUCGGGGUGAUUUGGAAAUAUGUUUCUCAUUCCUAACCCUUGCCUACUCUAAUGUACAGAGGUAUGCAAUAUUAAAGAAUAUUGGACUGUGGGCUAGUAAAAUAGAAAAUGACAUUUAUUAAAGUCAUUGAUUGGCAGUGUUAGUUGUCUUGGUAGUCGCUGACUUCUUAGUUAAAUUCCACAAAAUAACUGUUAUGUCUGACCGUGGAUUUUAGAGUGAAUCAAAAUAAAUUACAGUGGCGCAAUUCCAUUUAUUUCUUAAUGUUAUUAUUAAUCAUAGGCCUUCAUACAAAUCCCCAUUUUAUAGUUUCCGAUAUAUAUUACGUUGAAUUGAACUUUGGAACAAGUUUAACAUUUUUUUCUCACAUGCAUACCAUCUUUACUUACUUUCUCUAUGGCGUUAACUCUUAUUGUAUAAUCAUUUGCGCAUAUUAAUUCAUUAAAUAACACCCUUUUGUGAAAUUUCAGAUUACUCAUUUUCAUUCUCUAAAGUUGAUAAGUGAUCUUCAGUAAAUUUCUUAAGAAUCCGCUUUUAUGACUACCACAAUUAUCUUGUUUGUCGUUAAAUCAUCGAAUCGUCAAUAGAUAUUCAAUAUAGAAAAGUUAGUCAGAUUGAUAACUGCGUUGUUGUUGUUUUGUCUGCAAGUCGUACUUAGUUCAAAUGCUCUGGUACGGCCAAGUGUGAGGAGAGUCAGCUCUCCCUCUCGAAAUGCUCUCACAUGACCACGUGCAUAAAAACACUGUCAGGGAAGUCCCACUCACUGCCUCCUCGCAGUGGCGGGGUGUUGUUUACAAAAUUGAGAGGACGAAAAGUGAAUGUCCGGUGCUUUAACCAGUUUGGUGGAUAUGUAGGAUCCACCUAGGGAAGUUAAGAAAAAAAAAAAACAACCUAAUUUUAAACCAAUGGUAAACAUGGGCUUCAGAAUUUUAAGAGAAAAAGUGAAGUAUGAACCUAUCGUUGGUCACCGGCUACCAUGGGAAGUACAACACUCUAACGUUGCUCCCCUGUCUUGUGGAUCAGACCUUUAGGUCGGAGGCUCUGGGUGUGACUCUCUAAGAAAACUAUCUACUUCGGUUCGAGCACUCGGGAAGUAUUCUAGCCCUCACACAAAUCAAGUGGCUUAUGUGGCGCAUAUGUAUUUGGUGCCUCCUCGUACCAACGUUUUUGUGUUUAUAUAAAUAAAUAAGUUGGCGCCAUUAUCCGGUGAAACAACUGCAGUAAUUCUAACGUGUUGAUGUGACUUACAACUUCAAUUCUGUCGUAAUGAUAGUAAUAUAAUUAACCCAUAAAAUCAGUCACGGUAAAUCACAUGUUGAUUCUGAUGAUAAAAUGUCUACCUAUCUUUAUCAGAGACUUGUCCCAGAUGAAUUUGCCGUUGUUUGUUGUUAUAGUGUUUUCCAUUUUGCCAGUCUUGUUUUUUAUAGCUGUUAGAAACUGUCAAGUGGAUAAUUUACUUCAAUAUUUUGUGUAAGCUACUUGUUUCAGGGUGAAAUUCGUUUUAGUGAACAGAAUUCAAAACUUAUAUGAAUCUAUAUUCAAAAGUAAACUUUUGUGUAUUCAGUUUUAUACGGUCUUCUAGACGUAUAACUUGUUAAUUUCAUUCAAAUGAUUAACUUUUGUUUUUAUGUAGUCAAUACACGUAUAGGUGCACGUAAACCAGUUUAUCAAGUUGAAGCAUUAGCUGAAGAACUUCAAUUAGCUGUUGCUAUACAAGGUUAGUGUAUAUUAGUUGAUUUUUGAAUGACUUUCUCAAUGAUCACUUUUCAUCUUAUCACGAAGAUAUUUUUUGUGGAAAUUAAUUUGAAUUUGUUAUAGUUUCCUGGUCGUAAUUUUUUUAAAAUCUCAAUAUUAUUAAGCGGACGUGUAGUGUAUAUUCAAACAUUCUGGUCAAGAUGAUGUAGAUUUAUAGUUUAAUCAGUGAGGCAACAUGAAGUUUUAGUCUGUUUCAUAAUCGAUUAUUUCGUUUGUACCAUGGUAUUGAUUAUCACUACUUAAGACUGAACUAAGCUUUUGAUACCAUACGAAUCAGUGUCUGAGUGGUUUUCUUUACACCGUUGCCUAUAUUGUACAUUUUGUAACCUCAAGACAUAAAUUUCGCUCGCUUGAAUAACUACGUUCUUUGGUUUUUCUUAUACUAACUAAAACCAGUACCCAUAGUUGUAUUGAUAAGUGUUGAUUUUUUGUGCUAGUUAUCUUUUUCAACUAUUCGAACGUAUUUUGGUGACAUUCCUAGUAAAUUAUAAGAAUUGUCAACUGGAAUAAUUAGCUGUUUCUUCACUAGUGCAAGGGGAUGAAUCAUAUUUCAGUCAGUGUACUGAUAAACUAGAUUAUUAUUGAUGUUCUUAUGCUGACAGUACUAUAGAAAAUUUUUUUUUUUUGAUUAAACUGAUUUAUUAUUUUGUGUUAUCUAAAAAUUCAAGUACCAAAUUCCCAAUUAUAUAUUUUUCUUGUUAUAUCUUGUUUAGUCUUUUUAGUCAGACAGAAAUACACCGUCAUUUUAUUCAUUAAGUAAAAUACUAUCUCAUCUGUUUUUUAUCAUUGAAAUCAUCAAGCUUUCAACCAUAGGAAUGGAUUGGCUAGUUAAAUCAACUUUAUGCAAUUUUAAUUCCCUGUACCAUAUUUCUUUGCUUGAUAUGUUAAAAUAUUUAAAUCUAAACUUACAUACAUUUGCGAAAUAUGAAUGUACAGUAUUUUGAUUUUUUUUAAAAGCUUUUAUCAUAAGUCACUCAAAGCAUUAUAUUAAACUAAUGCUAAUUUUGUAUAUGUUUCCAUAAAUAAAUUGCUCUAACGUAUACUUCAACGGAGUAAUCAAUGAAUUGUUUUAACGAUCUGGAUUUUGGAUUUCUUAAUUUAGGUAAACAACGAUUUUUAAAAUUAAUACUGGUUGGAUCAUUUGAAGGAAUGAAUUUAAAACCAAUCAAAAUUACUGAACCAAAAUUAUGUACUCGAUUCACUUGUUCAAUGAGUCGAAACAAUACAGUUUGUUUAAUUUGUGUGGCCAGUAAUCGUUCACUGUUCAUUUUUGAAAUUGCACGUGUACAAGGAAGACAUAAACGUUUAAAAGAAAUUUCAUGCCCGUAUAUUGUUCAAUCUAUCAAUUUUGUUCGAGAUGGUGAUUGGAUAUGUGUUGGAUCGUCAAAUUAUUUUGCUAUGUUUAGCAUAUGGACCGAUGGACCCGCUCAAGGUAGGGAUUGUAUUGCCAGAAUACUAGUGACUUUUAGUCAUAUUUAGUCAUAUUCAAUGCUAUAUAUCCCUGUAAAAAUAAAUGACCAGGGAUUUUAUGCUUUCAAUUGUUUAUACACAGUCUCCAAUCCGGUAUAUAAGGAAACCUGUGUAGUUUAUCUUACCUUAACACUACUAGAUUGGCUCAAAGUCAAGUAGAAGAAUGUAUGUGUUUUUUGCUUUGCGUCCAGCAAUUGAAAAGGUAAUAUAUUUUUCGCAGGUAUCAAUCAAAUCAAAAUUUAUGUCUCCGUGUAAAGUAGUGGCUUAGUUGUUAAGAUGCUAGACAUUCAAAUCACUAAGUCACAGUUUCGAACCCCACACUAACUUCUCCGGUUUAGGCGAUCGGGUAGUAUCAUUAACCUUCAUAACCAUGUACCUGGUGAAUGAAUUGGUUUGUUUAUUGUAUCUUCGUACCUACAUAAGAUUACUAUACACGCUGAUUUCAUUUUUUUUCGUUUGGAUUUGUGCAAAUAUUGUCUAAUUUUUGAUAGAAAUAAACUGUUUUAUGACUUGUAGAUUCCUAAUAUCAUUUGUUUUCCAAAUUCUCUAUUUUUAAAAGUUUUAUUACGUGGAGACCUCAUUGACCUUGACUCUAGCCUGGCAUUCUUCCAACACUCACCGUCAGAAGCUCAUUGUGCUGUUCAAUUGGGAGAUGAUGAGUUUUUGUUAGCAUUUGAAAGUAAGCGCAAAGUGUUCUCAGUCUCUCGAUGCAUUCCAUAUCUUUUCGUCGUCUACAUAUUACUCAUACAUUUUUAAACAACUAAAUUAUUUCCUUAUCUGUUUGUUUUGCUUUGUUAUGUAGAUUGUGGAGUCUAUAUGAAUAGCAAUCGUAAAAAAACACGACCAGAUAAUCUUAUGUGGCCUGCCAAACUUAUUUCUGGUACUGCUGUUAGCUUUUCCUAUCCAUAUUUAUAUGUAUUUACGGAGGCUGGUUUAGUUGUUUUUAAUGCUAUCACUAGUUGCUGGGUAUCAACACUUAGCUCCUGUCGUGUUCAACCUUUAAGUAUGGAUGCACAUUUAUGUCUUGCACACCUAUCAUCAUCGUCUAUUUCAAACUCGUCGUCUCGUAAAUCAGCAGUUGGUGGUAUCAUGGAUUCUUCUACCGGUAAUGUUGCUACACCUUCCCCACCAUACAUUUCUCCAAGCGAUUUAGUUUCUGGUCAACAACAACAGCAGCUGGUACGGUUGAUCCACUUACCUCAAAUAUCCGAUAACAAAGAAAUGUCGAAACAACAAGUGUCGGCGUUACGAAGUAGGCGAUUACAAAUGCCACAGUCUAGUAUCUUUGGUGCUACGGGGCGCGUGCGUCUUGUAAAAUCAUCGAUUCAGCAGAAAUCUAGUCGUUUCAAUUUGUACUCUCUUGUGGAAGACAGUUUAUCAAGUACUACCCAUGGGGUUAGUCCUGAAAGAUUAAGAAAUUUCCGUUCUCAAUCACAAAAUCGAACUCCACAACCAUCUGUGCAAUCAAACGUACCAUUAAAUCCAACAAGUGGGACUUCUCGUAUAUCACACCUUAUUUCAGGUCCCUCAGACUUUCGUCACAUUUCGCACAUGGGACCUCAAAUAACAGGUGCACCUCUUUUAGAUCUCACUUCUAGCCCAGGGGAACCACCUCUCACAGAGGCUGAACGAAUUGCAAGAUUCAAGUCUGUAUUGGAAGAAAAAUGUGGUAACGGUAACCGAAGAGGUUCUUCACCUAAUAAUAUUCCCAAUGUUUCACUCCACCUUCCUUUUUCCGACCCAAACAAUUCACCAGAUGGUUUUCAUCAUAAUGCUUCAUUGACUCAAAUGUCGACGAUAACAAAAUCCCAAUCUGUGGAUCCUACAUAUCCACCAAACUGGUUAAAGCACCGGACAUUCACUUUUCGUCCUCUCAAUUUUGUAAACAACACCCCGCCACUGCGAGGAGGCAGUGAGUGGGACUUCCCUGACAGUGUUUUUAUGCACGUGGUCAUGUGAGAGCAUUUCGAGAGGGAGAGUUGACUCCACCUUCGACCGUAGUAUGAUAUUUGGUAGCACUUUGCGAUCUUCAUAUAAAGUGGAAAAAUGACUUAUAAUCGAUUUUAGUGGUAAAUCCUCAAAUGAAAUCUCUUCAGUUCGGAAAAAAUUAAAAUUCGUACUCAAAGCACUAACAAACUUAACAUUUAGUGACCAUGAUUUAUGUAGCUUCUAAGUAAGCUUCACGCAAUUAAACACAUGAUGCAAACUUUUUAUUUAAUACGAAUGGUGAUUGUUUUUAAAUAUAUUACCACAAUGUUGUACUUUGUUAGAUAAAAUGUCGAGUUAGACAUAUUCGUGUAGAUACAAAAAUCAUGCCCAAUAAAAUAAUUAGAAGUUUUACCAUCCAACAUAAUUAUUCCUUGAAAAUUUUCUCGUUGAUUAAACGUAUUCAUGUUUCUCUAAUUACAAUGAUAGCUGUAACUUUCAGAUUCAUACUUGUGUGUAUAAUGUUUCCAGUCAGUUUUGAGCUAUAUUUCGUAUGAAUGUUAUUUAGCCAUCCAAACUGUAUAUUAGGGGCAGAAUUCUCAUUCAUACAACUUAUUUGAUCUAUUCGUCUACCAAUUAAGGAACGAAUAUACUGCGCGGAAGUUCGUUCUGUUUCACUUUACGGCUGCUAAACGUGGUCAUUAAGAGUAGAAGAUAUUCGUAAGCUACUAGUAUUUGAUCACAGAUGCCUUAGAAAUAUUGCUCGAAUCUACUGGGAUCACUGGGUAAGUAAUAGUGAGGUUAGACGCAAGGUAUUAGGGGAUGAUGGUAAAUCAGUUGAUGAGGUUGUGAAUGUUCAUCGACUGAGAUCAUUGGGCCAUGUGUUGCCUGUGCCUGAACAUCGAUUACCACGACGCGCAGUGCUGAUUAGUGUUGCGGAUGGUUGAAUAAAAUUUAAGAGUGGCCGAACCAAAACGUGACAUCAGUGCUUGAAGUCAUUAACUUCUGAUUUGAGCCAUGUUGGUAGAUGCAGACUACUUAGUUGGGGUCCGCGUGACUAUCGUAACCAAUGGUUGGAGACUCUUGGUAACAUUGCUCAGAAUUGAUCACAGUGGCGUAGGUGUAUGCACUUUCUGUCUUCCUUUAAACUGUGAGAUUAAAAUCGCUUCAUAUCUUUCUUUCUACGAACUAAUUUUUUCUUCCAGUACUAUGUUCUUAUAUGCAAUCUUUCUUUUAUAUAUUAUCACCACUACUUCUAUGAAUCCGGUGUUCAUCUUGUUGUGUUAAUGAGGUAUGGCAACUUGGACCGAUUCAAAUGUUUAAAAACACUUAUCCAUCUCUUCACUUAGGCCGUUUGUCUGAUGAAUUAACUUUCUAUCUCUUCAAUAAUUAUGUAUGUAUAAACACUUGGAAAUUUUCUACUAAUUUGUUAUGUAUCUAUAUUUCCUCUGAUGAAUUCUCAAUAAUGAUGAAUAUUCUGUAAAAUCCAUUUUUGCAUGAGACACUGAAUAUUUACUUAAACUUAUCAAUUUACAAUUCUGUUAUCUUUAAAUUGAAAAUUGAAGUAUCUAAAUUUUGCUUCCCUUUUUUACUGUAAAAUAUUUUCAUCUUCGCUUGCAUCUAUACCGGGUAUAGAUAUUGUUCAGAAUUAUUGUUAAAACAGUUUUAUCAACUUACAUUUAUUCAGCUAAAGUAGUGUUUAGAUUUCUGAACCAUUGUUUUGAUUACUUCAUGAGAAGCUGAAUUCUGUUUGAACACCUACCUACCUAUUAAAAUGAGAUUUUCAGUCUGAUCAAGCUCCAUGCAAUAUUGGAACUUCCAUAUUUCCUUUAAAGCACCAACUGUACAUAGAUCAGUGUCAUAAUUGAUGAAGCUAUAUACCUAGGAUAUAUGUUAAAUCUUACCAAGUCAGUCAUUCAGUGAAGAAAUGAUUGUAACUACAAGAUAGAAUAUACUUCGUGUGUAAAAUGUUAUUAAUGUUAAUCUUAUAUUUAUUGUGAUUUUUUUCGGUGACUUCGCUGUAGUUUCCAGGAUUUGGGAAUGUUUCUUUUAAUGUAAAGUUUAAAUAAGCUAUUUUGCCUAACACCCUUUCUGUCUUACGUUUUAUAUUAAGCUUCAUAUUAUACAUGGUUAUUUCUUGAAUUCAUUGAGGUAUAAAAUAAUCGUCUUAGGUGAAUAUCCUUCACUUAUUCCUGAUUUUCUUUCUUAAUAUUGGAACCGGUUAUCGCAUUCUGUGUUUAUAUGUGACUGUGACACUGAGAAAUCACUCCUUUAACUGAGUGACACUAUUUUACGUUGUACUAUGAGAGAUCGCACAUUAAUGAUAUAUAUAUGUAUAUAUCCCCACCUCAGCAGCUACAUUGAUUUAGUGGUCGGGCUUGCCAACCUUAAUUAUCCGAACGAUCUAUUUUGGUCGGAUGUAUUGUUCUUUGAGAUCAUGCCAUACUAGACAGGUCAGUCGAGAAGCGGUGCGACUAAAUGCAGUGAACACAUGGUGCAAGGGUGAAGUCGUACUGCUAACUUUACUGAGGUGUGAUGAGAGUAAGGUGUUUCCCUUCAGUAACGAGUAUCCUCAACAAUCUUGGCUCCUUACAACGGAAGAAAGGGAUGGGAUAGUUUGACCUUGAAAUGUCACAUUUCACCUUACUCGACGGAUUUUCAUCUCUGAUGGCAAGCUGUUUUGAGUUAAAGAGCUGACACAUCAGUAACUCAGAAAAUUUGUUUGUGACUGACUGAUACGCAUGCAUAUUUCAAAUCGGAUAUAAGUGUAAGGAUUUCACAUUAUUUUAUCUAAAGGCCGAUUAGUUAGUAAAUUAUUUAUGAAUUUUACUUUUUCUCUGUGCAAUUUAAAUUUUGCAAACUGAAUAUAAUCUAUGUAAAAUGCUGAAACUAGCGUUCUUUUUUUCUCAUUAAAUUACUUUUUUGUUACUUCACAG